AUGCAAGAACUUAUCAAGCUUCUUUUUGGUACAAUUUCGGAAAAUCCAAAAGCUUCCGAGGAGGGCUUGGUUAAGCUGGUCGAGAAUAUGACGGCAGUUAUCGAUGAACAGUUCAAAAUCACGACAAAUUUCAUCACAGAGACCAUUCUUAAAUCGUUUCGUAAUUUAGCAUUUAUGAACCACGAGACGAUAGAAGAAAUGAAGUCGAUAUUUUACAAAAAUCUGACGGCACUAAAAGGACACGAAUUUAUGGAUGGGCUUAAAGCAAAGUCAUCCAACCUCUUUAAAGCUCUAUCUUCAUAA